CUGCAAUUGUCGCGGCCUUGUCACAUCUGAAGUUUGCUUGCUGUGUGUUCAGUGUUUCGGAAACUCAAUUGUGCAUCGAAUCAAUUAUUUAUUGAUAAUAAUUGAUAGUGUUUCUGAGUUCUCAUCAUUCCCGGUACAAAGAUUAAUUAAUCAAUACAUUAUAUUGCACUGUUACAUACACAGUAUAUCUGUUCUUAAACUCUCUGUACCAAGUUAUAGGUUGAAAAUAUCCUAUUAAAAUAUAGCAAAAUUUACACUCACUAAACAAGUCCAUUACUUGUGAAAGGAGAGAAAUAAUGGAAGGAAGCAUCGCCAUUAGUGUCUUCUUGGCAGUCAUGCUGGCGAUGGCCGCCGCAUUUCCCCCACACGAGGCAGGGGGCGCCACCGGGGGGACAGACCGCCCCUGGGGAGCCAGGGGGGACGACACAGACCUCCUGAGGGGCGUCGACCUGAGCCUCGAGGACGACAUCCUUGACCUGCUCCUGGAGUGGGCUGGUCAGCCCGUGGGAGCACGCAAGACCGAUGUGUCGUUUGGUGUGGAUGAUGUGUCACUUGAGACACUUUAUGAGCCUCAUGAGUCUCCUGAUGUGUCUCAUGAAACACCUAAUGUAUCUCAUGAAACACCCGAUGUAUCUGAUGAAACGCCCGAUACUUCUGAUGAAACGCCUGAUGCUUCUAAUGAAACGCCUGAUGUGUCUCAUAAAACGCCUGAUGGGUCUCAUAAAACGCCUGAUACGUAUAAUGAAAUGCCUGAUUUGUCUCAUGAAGCGCCUGAUAAAACGUCUGAUGUGUCUCAUGAAAUGCUUGAUGUGUCUGAUGAAACACAUGAUGAGUCUCAUAAAACGCCCGAUGUGUCUGGUGAAACGUCCGAUAUGUCUCAUAAAACGCCCGAGUUAUCUGAUGAAACGUCCGAUAUGUCUCCUAAAACGCCUGAUGCGUCUGAUGAAACGCCUGAUGGAGCUCAUGAAAUGCAUUGUGUGUGUUUUAAGACACCUAAUGUGUCUAUUAAAAUGAAUAAUUUGUCUCGUCAAACAAAUGUGACGCAUGGUGUGUCUCUUGACAAACCUGAUGUACCGGUUGAAGCGCCAUUUGCGUCUUUUGACACAGCUGAUAUGUCGAAUGAAACACAUAUAAUGCCGGUUGAAACUACUUAUGUUCCAGGUAAAAAGCUUGAUAUAUCUCAUGUAAACCUUAAUAUGCCGGUUGAAACGCACGUUGUGUUGGUUGUAAAGCCAAGUGUGUCAGCUGAAACACCAGGUAUGACGAUUCAAACACCAAAUGUGACGGUUGAUUCAACAGAGAUUCUUGAUGAAGGUACAGUUCCGUUGAAUAAAAAUAUUGAUUUGCCAAAAGAAUCGCGUCCUGCAUCGGCUGGAACGCUAGAAAAGACAACUUCAUCAAAUGAAGCAAAUGAUAAAGUAGCAGAAACGCUAGUUAAAACCGCAAAUUCGUUGUUGAAAACACUAGAAGCCCCUAUUGAAACUUCAACUGUUCCUGUAAAAUCUCUAAACGUGCCAGUUGAGAAUCAAAAUAUACCAGCUGAAACGCCAGCUGAAUCGGUCAAAACUCUUGAAGCGCAGGUUGAAACUCAAAACGCGUUGGCUAAGAUCGAAAAUGUAUCUGUUGAAACGCCUAAUGCAUUGAACAACACAAAAUAUGCACAUGUUGAAAUGUUAGAUGCACCGGCUAAAUCAGCAGAUGCACAUUUAGAAACUUCUCAUGUCUUGGUAGGAAGGCCCGAUGCUACUCUAGAUACACCGGUUGAAAUGCAAGAUGACAAAUCAGAUUCGAUGCUCAAAAAGUUAAAUGUUGCUUAUGAUACUCCGAAAAUACCGGUUGAUUUGCAAGACGAAAAAACCGAUACGAUUGCGAUGCCACAAACAACUUCUGAAAUAAUAGAAAGGCUUGUUGGAUCUCUGGAAGCUGCAAAAAAACAAACAGAUUCACAAAAAUCACAAAAUUUUCCUGUUGAGACGGCUGAUUCUACGGCAACACAAGAAAAUCUUGAAAGAAAACCUCAUCCAUCGAUUAAAUCUCUAGAAAUCCCGUUUGAAAGGCCGGAUGUUGGGGAAGAAGUGACGGUUGUAACGGUUGAUGCCGUUAGUACACCUGCAGUCAUUCAAGAUGCCUCAGUUUCUGUGCCAGAAACCAUAGUUGAAUUGGAAGAUAUUCCUGUUGCAACGAUGGUUGAAGCAACUAAACCCAGAGCGGCUGAUGUUGAAAAUGAAAAAGAAUCGUCCAAAAAGCUAAAUGAAUCGCCUGAAACGCAAGCCCAGGGCGCUCUGGGAAAAUCUCAAGAUAAAAAUAUUGAAAUGACAGAUUUAUCUUUCAAAACGCUAGGGGUACCGGUUAAAAUAACAGUAAUACAAGUAAAAGCUCUUGAUGCACCUGUUGAGACGCUAGAUAAAGCUGUUCAACAUCCAGAGCCGUCAAAUGAAACUCCUGAUUCAUUAGCCAGCUCACUUUAUGCACCAAAAAUAACACGAAGCGCAGAAAUUGAUGCACAUAAUAAUCUUUCUGAAACGCUCCAUGCAACAGACAAUACAAGAAAUACUGCGGUUCAGAUGCCAAAUGUAUCGUUGAAAACGCCUGAUGUUCCGAUUGAAACGCCAAAUAUUUCGGUUGUAAUUCUUGAUGGGCUGAUUGAAAAACUCCCGGAACAAUUUGAAACAACUAAAGUUUCCAAUGAAACAUCGUACAAACAAAUCGCAAUGCCAAAGUCAUCGCUUGAAAUGCCAGAGACACCCACGGUAUUGCAAGAAACGCAAGUUGAAACGUCGGAAGGAGCAAAUGAAAUGAACGAAGCUCCUGCUGAAAUGCCCGAUGCAAUAGCUGGGAUAACGGAGACCCCAGCAGCAACUGUAAAAACGCUAGAUACAUCGAAUGAAACUCCGAAUGAUUUUUUCGAGACUACGAAUGCGUCAGUUAAUUUGCUAGAGCAACGACCCGUAACGACUGAUGAAUCUGUGGGAAUGAUUGAUGAAAUCAUAGCGACAUCGUUUGCCUCGGCUGGAGCAACUAAUGCUUCGGGUGGAAUUUUUGAUGCAUCGGCUAAGGCGCUGGAAGUACCGAGUACCACAUCAGAUGCACUAGUAAAUUCUCCAUACGCGUCGGUUGGAGCGCUAGAGGGAUUGACUGAAACACCAGAUGCAGCGGCUAGAAGGGGUCCUAGAGUUUCAAAAGUCCAUAGUGUCGGGGCCCACGUAUCUUCGUGUUUGACUUCAAUGUUGAUGCUUUUGUUCGUAACUACCGUCGUUGUUUGAAUAAAAUGAACAUGUUUCAUUUGACACGUGGAAGCAAAGCAACAAUUAAACAACAGGGGCUUCACGUAAAUAUUAUUAUUAUUGGUCGCUUCUGCCUUACUUAAAUUAGUAUGAAUGAUGAGAAUUUCUGCCCCAUUUGAAUCAAGUGGCGGGCAAUUUCGUUCAACCGAAUUAAUAAAAUUAGUAGAUCCUUCCGCCUCAUCUGAUUAUGAUAACAGUGGAAAUUCUGUUCUGCCUAAGUGAGUAUAAAUACUUGUCACUUAGAAUUUCCGUAAGAGAAAAAUAAGGGAAAAUUUUUCGUCAUUAUAUAUAUAUA